GCCCCGCGCGCCGCCCGCCCCGCCGGCCCCGCUCGCCCUCGCGCGCUCGGAAGGGAGUCGCGAGACGUCGGAGCGGCGGCCACGUAGCGCUGCGGCGGCGGCGGCGGCGGCAGCCGAGGCCGGGUCUGAGGAGCGGCCCUGAGCGCAUACGUUGGUCAGGGGGGAGGGGCCGGCCCCGCCGGCGGUGGUUACUCGAGCGCCGCGGCUACAGGCCCCCCGCCGCAGGGAUGGACCGCCGAGGCAGCGGUCGAGGCGGCGGAGGCGGAGGCGGCCGGCCCGGAUAAGAUGCUCCAAGUUCCUUGCAGCUCUCUUCAGAAGAAAAUCACCUGUGCUCUGCUCUUGCCAUAAUACCAAACCCUUUUUCUUAUGUUUUGGUGCUGUGACACUGGAAGAAUUGCACAGAGGUUCCAGUAAUAUCUUUUUUUCAUUUAAGUAAUUCUCUCUGAAUGGAAAAAGAUUUGAGUCCUAAUAAUUACCUUAUUUUAAAAUUAAUUCUCUAUACUCUGAACUGCUUAAUAAAUUGGGCCACUUACCCAUGAGCCACACAGCCAGUUCUUGUCAGGAACUGGUUGAAAACUGUGCUGUGCAUGUAGCAGGGAUGGCACAAGAAGAGAGCCGCCGUGGUCAAGUGCCAUCUACUUUUUAUCAUGGUGCCAACCAAGAACUUGACCUGUCCACCAAAGUGUACAAAAGGGAAUCAGGAAGUCCUUAUUCUGUGUUAGUGGACACCAAGAUGAGCAAACCACAUCUCCAUGAGACGGAGGAACAGCCAUAUUUCAGGGAGACAAGAGCAGUGUCUGACGUGCAUGCUGUCAAAGAAGACCGGGAGAAUUCUGAUGACUCGGAAGAGGAGGAGGAGGAGGAGGAGGAGGAAGUCUCUUACAAAAGGGAGCAGAUCAUAGUGGAGGUAAACCUUAAUAAUCAAACAUUAAAUGUAUCUAAAGGGGAAAAGGGUGUCUCUUCUCAGUCCAAAGAGACUCCUGUUCUUAAGACGAGCAGUGAGGAGGAAGAGGAAGAGAGUGAGGAAGAAGCCACUGAUGACAGCAAUGACUACGGAGAGAAUGAAAGGCAGAAGAAAAAGGAGAAGAUAGUGGAGAAAGUCAAUGUUACACAAAGGCGAACGCGGAGAGCUGCCUCUGUUGCUGCAGCUACCACUUCCCCUACUCCCAGAGCUACCAGAGGGCGUAGGAAGAGUGUAGAGCCACCUAAGCGUAAGAAGCGGGCCACAAAGGAGCCCAAAGCACCAGUCCAGAAAGCUAAGUGUGAAGAGAAAGAGACUCUGACCUGUGAGAAGUGCCCCAGGGUGUUUAAUACUCGAUGGUACCUGGAGAAGCACAUGAACGUUACUCACAGGCGCAUGCAGAUCUGUGAUAAAUGUGGCAAGAAGUUUGUCCUGGAAAGUGAGCUGUCCCUUCACCAGCAAACAGACUGUGAAAAAAACAUUCAGUGUGUUUCCUGUAACAAAUCGUUCAAGAAACUCUGGUCCCUUCAUGAACAUAUCAAGAUUGUCCACGGAUAUGCAGAAAAGAAAUUUUCCUGUGAAAUUUGUGAGAAGAAAUUUUAUACCAUGGCUCACGUGCGGAAACACAUGGUUGCACACACGAAAGACAUGCCAUUUACAUGUGAAACCUGUGGAAAAUCCUUUAAACGCAGUAUGUCACUCAAGGUGCAUUCCUUACAGCAUUCUGGAGAGAAGCCCUUCAGAUGUGAGAACUGUGACGAAAGGUUUCAGUACAAGUACCAACUACGCUCCCACAUGAGCAUCCACAUUGGGCACAAACAGUUCAUGUGCCAGUGGUGUGGCAAGGAUUUCAACAUGAAGCAGUACUUCGACGAACACAUGAAAACACACACUGGAGAGAAGCCCUUUAUCUGUGAAAUCUGUGGCAAAAGCUUCACCAGCCGCCCCAACAUGAAGAGGCACCGCAGAACUCACACAGGCGAAAAGCCCUACCCCUGCGACGUGUGCGGGCAGCGGUUCCGCUUCUCCAACAUGCUCAAGGCCCACAAGGAGAAGUGCUUUCGGGUGACCAGUCCCGUGAAUGUGCCGCCUGCAGUCCAGAUCCCACUCACAACUGCCCCAGCCACCCCAGUUCCUUCUGUGGUGAACACACCCACCACCCCGGCUCCUCCCGUCAGUAUGAACCCCGUUAGCACUCUUCCCCCACGGCCCAUCCCCCACCCCUUCUCUCACCUGCACAUCCACCCGCACCCUCACCACCCACACCACCUUCCUAUCCCUCCAGUCCCUCACCUGCCCCCACCACCAGCUCUCUUCAAGAGUGAGCCUUUAAAUCACAGAGGCCAGAAUGAGGACACCUUUCUGCGGCACCUGGCAGAGAAGAACAGUUCAGCACCGCAUCAUUAACAUCCAUCUCCUUAAGCACGUUCCCCAGUUGUGUUCCCACGGUGAGUUGGUGGAGCAUUUCUGCAGUUCUCAGGCUCUCCUCAGCUCCCUCAGGGGCUUUGCCAUUGUUGGGGUGAAUCAGCAGACCCAAGGGAGUGAACCAGAAGACGACCUUGAGCUCACAAGGAAACUCAUCUAAACCAGGGAACCACUGAACUAAAGCCCAAUUUGCUUGCAUUUUCUGAUGACUUUUAUAAAUUUCAAAUACUCAGACUUGUGGGAUUUUAUAAUUUCAUAUCAGCUGAUGAGGUAUGCUUGCUUUUAUAUCCUGGACUUCUCCUCAAAGAGGGGAUAGGCCUGGUCUCCUUUGUACUAAUCGGGAAGGCUGUGAGAUUAAUCCAGAGCAUUAAUUGUAUCACUGUGUAUUGUAAUGAAUUCUUUUCAGCUUUUGGUGCUGGCUACAGAGUUAAGCUGGCCAUGUUUCACAGUAUAUCAAGCAUUAUAGAGAAAGAUGGAAAUUUUCUUCUUUGUGUAGCUCUCCUAACACACUCUUUAUUUUACUACAGAAAUUAUUUUAGAGGUUUUGUAUAGACUUCUUUAGUAGUCUGUUUCUAAAAUGAAAUGUAUUUCAAUAAGCGGUGUAAUUUUUUCUGUGUAGCUAAACCUAUGUUGUAAAAUAGAAAAAAAUUUUAUAAUCAUCAAAAUGUGAUUCUUAAAGAUGCAUAUAACUUCUAUAAUUCAAAGUUAUUCUUACAUCCGUACAACUCAAAGGUGCUUCAGAAACUAGAUGUGUCUGCAAGGGUCGCCAGACCAGGUUCCUGCAAAAACCAAGGUUUUGCUUUCAGAGUGUGGUGUAAGUACUUGGUAGUUUAAAAAUCUCUGCUUAGCUCUCAGAUGUCCAUCAGCCUCACUGACAUGCUCCUCUCCUCCAUGUUGCUUUGGGCCCCGCCAUGCAUUGAAUGGAUGAUUUACAGAGGGUCCUGCCUUGAAAAGUCUUGAAUGAAGUUGUUCACUGUUAGAAGGAAGUAGAGAUUAUUUCAUCUUAGUCACAUCUGUUUCUUACUCUCCUUAGGAACUGUAUUUACAUUUAACUCUUCUGGGAAGACAAAUUAGAGUCUCUGUUUUUGAGGUUGCUUUAUUUUUCUAGAAUUGUUAUGAAAAACUAAAAUAGUAAACCAAAAUCAUAAACUUAUUGCUGAUAGUGGCUGAGAAAUUUGAAUGAGAAGACAAAUUGGUUGAGUUUUAUGUUAUACAUGAAAUGUGGAUAUGCCUACAACUUUGAGCUAUUUUAACUUAGUUUAAAUUAUAGUGAGGGGRAAUUCCUAGGUUUUGCUGCCCUGUCCUCUGAAGAUAGUUAUAUAACACCAGCACCCUUAGGUGAGGAAGAGAGCAGUACCUCUCCCUCGUUUUUCUAGGUGGCUUCCUUUUUCAAGUUUGGGGGUCUUCCAAUGGGCACCAUCAACCGGAGCUGAUUACCUGGAAGGGAAGGUUGAACAGAAGGGCUAACACAAUGAUUGCAUUUAACUGACCACAUUUAUCCAGACUCAUUAGAAGCUACAAAUUUUAUAUUUCUUCAUCUCAAACAACUGGGUUCCCACACCCCCUCCUCCAUUUUUUUAAUCUUGAAAUUUCUUCAUUUCUUUUUCCUCGGGCUCUUAAAUCAUUGCCUGAAUCCGAACUCUUUUAUUUAUUUUUUAUUUUUAUAUGAAAUGUGCAGAUAUGUGUCAAGCACUUUUCUGGAUGAUUAGCUCUGUAGCAGGGAUAAAUGGAACUCUCAACUGAAGUUAGGUCUCUAUUUUUAAACAGACCACUGUCUACUAGCUUUUUGGUUUAAUGUUUCCAAUUUUUUUCCUUCCGAUUUUGCCUUUGUCUUCUAUAAUGCAUAGGAAAAUUUUGCAGUGAGGCAGAAAAAUAUCUUAAGACAUAUUUUUCUUCCUGUUUUUGGAUGUAAGUUUUAAAGAAUGGUAUUUUUAAUAUUUGUGUACAUUCUUUGAGCCCCCAGGUACCCAAGCUGGUAAGGAAUUUUAGUUCCUUGAUUUUGACUGUUAUAACUUUAGUGACUGUCUUCCCCUGACCUCAAUAGUCUCUUUUGCAUUCCAUGACAAGUUUGUAAAUCCACACUUUUAUGUAGACUUUUAUCAUUAUUUCAUGGUCAGGCCUGUAAUAUUAAAAUAGUUUUAUAAAAAGAUGUAAAUUAUACCUUAGUUAAUUGGUUAUACCUUAUUUUGUUCUAAAUAAAUGUAUAGAAUUGGGCGGCAAUUCUGAACUCUAGACUUGAGACCAUUGAAUCAACUAUUUCAUGAGGUGUUCUAUAAUUAUAUACUGGAAAAUUCAGGUAGUCAUCUUUGGUUUUUCAUUCAAGCAACUAUAGCCAUAAGAAAAUAUCUGUUACACAGACAAAAAAUAGUAAGCAAAUAGCCACCACUAUUCUUACAGAAGGAAAAAAAUGAUUGGAAAAAAAAAAGAAUUAACAUUGUCACACAGUAUAAUUUUUAGUGAAAUGUAUUGUGGAACAAUCUAGAAACUUAUAAUUUUCUCCCCUGGAUAGGUGUACCUUUCCUUAUUUGGGAUUUGUGGUCUUCAGGAAAACUUCUCAGAAUAUGAUUCCUCAUCAGUGUCAUUUUAUGUAUGAAUAAUGAAAUGCAUUAAGAAUAGUCAUGACAUUAAUGCUUCUGAAUACAAGAACUAUAGGAUUAAGCCUUAAAACAUGUAUGUGCAUCAGGUUUAACGCGCUGAAGACUCAAACUCAGGGUUGAAAUUUUGGUUGGGGUCCUCUACCAAAAUAAAAGUUACAUAUUCUAUAGCACCCCAUGAAUUCUUCAAAGCCUAUGACCUCCUCAUUAUCUGUUUUUGAAAAAAAAAAAAAAAACUCUGGAGGAGUUUGAGUCCUCAGCUCUUAUCUGUACUUAUAUCUCAAAGACAAUAAAGGCCACAUUUCAGCAUUAUAUAGAUAAUGAGGCUGUCUCUCAUUACUAUAUCUUAUACUGUCUUUAAAGGCUUGUAUCAUUGCAAGGGUUACUUAUUUGAGGAAAAUUUCCCAAGGACUUUCUUGAGUUGACAUUGCAUUUUUGGUAGUUAGUUGUGUUUUUUUUUGCAUUUUCUAUUCUUUUCUCAUAGAUUUAUCAUUCAAAUGUAAACUCUUCUUUAGCCCUAAUAAAAGGUUCCUGUUUUCUCAAAUUGAGUCAGGUAGGCUUAUACUGAGGUAGGUUUUUAAAUCUGAAUGAAGAAAAAAGGAUGAAGAGUUUAAAGGCACAUGGCCUCCUUUCUAAAAGUAAGAUUUKAUUCUUACUUUUAGCAAAGAUCUCUGAAUAAAACUUUACUAUAGUUCAAAGAAACCUGUGCAGAUCACUCCCACAUACUUUUAUAGUCUACCUUUUACACUAAUUAUUCUAAAUUAACGAUUGAGCAUAGAAGUUUCCAUAAUUUUAUACCAUCUUUUUUUAAAAAAAAAAAAAAAGAAAGAAAAACUACACUUUAUCGGAAGUACCUUUUUAUUGUAGUUAGAAUGCUCCCUGUGAUUUGAUUGUCCCUAGCCCACUAACUGCAGGCAAAAUGCUUUGAAGAGGAACUUGUAAACUUUGAAUUUUUUACUUCUUAAAUUUUUUUUCAGUUUUUAUUUUUGUUGAAUGGAUGUGUGUGUUUUUCAUUUUUAUUUCACUGGAAGUUUUAAAUUUUGAGAAUCUGGAACAAAGAGAGAAAUUCUUUGCAGAUGUAUAGGUAAAUUUAGCCCACCUUGCAAAUUUUUAAACAACAUCCUGUGGUAGGUAGGUUUUUAUUUUCACUUUUUUUUUUUUUAAGUGUUCAUAUUAGAUGAACACUUCUGUUUGAGCUACUGUAUGGAAAAGACAACUCUUGUUGCAUUGCUGGUCCACAUGAUGAUGUUCCAGACUGGGGAGGAUUUAAUUAAAAUGGGGAUAAGUUAUACUUAAGCAUUUUAUCGGUUAACUAUAAUUUUUUUUWAAAAAAUCAGCUCACUUGGAAUUCUUUCAACUGUAAAACUGAGCAAGUAAAUAUUGGGUCUUAAUUUUCCUUUGCCUGCAUCAAGAUAGGAAUUUCCUAAAAGACCAUUUUUUUCAGGAAUGAAGUUAUAAGCCAUUAGAGAUAGUGGCAUCUCAUGCAAUAACAACGCCCUAGCUGACUUGCUUUUGUCAUCUGUAGCAUUCAUAAGAGAUAAUGACAACCUUCUAACCAUGGACACUACCUCGAUAAUGCAAACCAGAGGUCCUCUCUACACUUUCUA